AACUUUUUUAACUGAACGAAAUGGGUUUUUAAAUGUAUAUGUUUCCUUUUACAUAAAACGGUAAUAGGAAUAAAACAUAAUAUAUGCACUUUCUGUUUCACCAAGAAAUUUAUUAAUCAAAAUGUCGAAUAAUUUCGAGACUUGUAAUAUGUGGGGGUCUAAUAAUUUGAUUCAGAUUUGUGAGAACUGUAGGAUUAAGUGCUGUGGUAAGUGCUUUGAACACCAUGGUGGUAAUGCAUGUAAAUAUAUCAAAGACAGUAAGUGUCAUAUCUGUGAAAUUCACAGAGAACUACUUAAUUCUUUGACCGGAUAUUGUUUUCAGUGUCAAUAUUUAAUAUGUGAUUUAUGUCGGACAAUAGGAGAUCAUGAUGAUCAUACAAUCGUGGUAUUAACGGAGGCUGUUUUUAUCGUACAAUCGGAACAUAUACAUUAUACAGAGAGUGAUGAAAAACGUUCAAUUGAAACAACUUCUGAUACAAAGAAACUCCUAGAAACUUUAACUGACCAAAUAGAAAAUCAGUGUAAAAAAAUAAUUGAUUGUAUCUCAUUGAAGAAACAUAGACUUCUAUCAGAACUUAACGAACACAAACAGUCUCUAAAAGAUUAUGAAAUAGAAAGGGAAAGAGACAUACAAAGUGUCCGGGAAGUCAUGUCGGAAUUAAAAUCGUCAAGAGCUGUAUUUCCAAUUAUUUUUUUGCAUAAAUGGCAAAAUUUUGCAAAACAAAUGAAUAAGCUUGAAAAAAUUAAACCCGCUGAUCGACUAACCUUUCAUUGUGGAUUAAUAAACAAAUCAAAUUUAGAUGAACAGUUCGGCAAGUUACAAAAUGUAGAUCCGCAAAAGGACGUGAAUGAUCAAGAAGUUGACAAGUUAGUAUCUGAUGAAUCACUAAAGAUAAAUAACACAGACAUGGUUUCAAGACAAUAUCAAGAAAUUCAAACACAGAAUGAAUCGUUGAAAAGGGAGGCAUUGAGCCUAAAAUCAGAACUAGAAACAUUAAAAAAUGAGAGAAAUUACAUGAUACAACUGUCAGAGGAAACGUGCCAGUUUGUAAAAGACUACAAUAGUAAACUGGAAGAUUGUUGUAUACAUGUAAAUGAAAAAAAUCUGCUCAAAAGAUUUGGUAGUAGUCACAUGGACUCGUAUGCUGAUAGAAUGAAUUAUAUCAUAAAACAAUUCCAGAUGCUAAAAGAGCAUGGUAUUCAAAACGAAAAGGGAUUUUUGGAGCAGCUGAAAGGAAUGGCUAAAUUGACAAAUGAAUUGAAUUCAGACAUAAACCAAAAACAACAUGAAAUAAGGAAAAUGAACAAGUUAUUGAAUGAUCUACAGUCCAAGGAAAGGCGAAUUUCUGAAUUGGGAGUUAAAGAAUCCGAUGCAAGGAAAGGAGAGCAAAAGCUCUAUGACACUAAAGAUAAACUACAAAUAGAACACAGUAAAGAAAUAGAGUCCCUUAAAAUCAAGCAUCAAUCAGAUCUGUUGAAACAAGUUCAAAACGAGAAGAAUAGAAAUGAAAAGGUGAAUAGACAAACACAAGAAAAAAUAAUAAAACUACUCAAAGAAAAAGAUGAGAAUAUCUUACAACUGAGAGGAGAAAUUAAAGGCAGUCAAGCACGUUUUGAUGAUAACAUCAAUCAUUUACAGCUGAAGCUGUACGAAGGCGAGACUGAAAUAAUGCAACUCCGGCAGGUUCAGAAAGAGACACAAGAAAAUAUAAAAAAACUAAUAACAGAAAAAGACGAACUUCAAACUCGGCUUAGUAGUGUUGCUGGGGAGAAACUUAGCAAGGGAAAUCCCACUAUUACCGAUCUUGGAGAUCCUAAUCGUCCAAUGAAAAUUGGUGAAAAAUAUGGAGAAUUGUAUGAUAAUGAAUGGACAGAUGCUAUGGAAUGCAUCAAUGACAUAAAAUCAUUUUACAGCGACUGUGAACAUCUAGAUAUAGAGGAAGUAAUGGUACUUCAUCUUUGUAGACUACUGAAAAUGUGUUACAACGAAUGUUUAUCAUUGGCAGAUGAACAGAUAGAUAAAAUUGGAAAAACAAUUUCAGAAACUUUGUGUCUCAAUGUUAAUUCUAGAAGUGAUUAUUACAAUUUACCCGCGUGCAAAGAUGUAGUCGUACAAAGAAGACAGAAGUCUGACCACUUUGUGAAUCAUUUGCUUGCUAAUCAGAUUAUCGGCAAAACAGCUGUGCAUGACUGGAAUUAUGCUUAUAAAAGUGGAGACGUAAUGAAGCGUCUAAUGAAAAUGCAAUUUUUUGAAAAAUGUGUAAGUCUUUGUUGGUGUAUGGUGAUUCAAGAUCCCGUAAUGUAUUUAGAUGCAGACAUAACGCAAGGCACAACUUUCGACAAGAAUACAUACAAAGAAUUUGUCAAGAGCGGAAACAAAGUAAAAUAUAUUGUUUGGCCAGCACUUUUUCUACACAAAGACGGGCCUUUGCUUCAUAAAGGAAUCGUACAAGCGUAUUGGCAAUAAUUUGAUAUUUGACGUGUUUUUGAAUGAUUGAAAGAAAUUAAACGGAAUAACAAGGUAUCCAAAAGUUAACUGAAUAAAACACAACCGGCGAAAUAUACCAAAGGGAUAAUGAACUGCAUCAUUUGAAUACUGAUUUUCCUAAUUUGGUUUUUUAUAUGUUGAAUUAUUACUUAAUACAUAAUGACAUUUUCUGUUUAAAUCUCUUCAGACAUAACUAAUUAUAAACAAAAAAUGUUAUAUUAUAUAAUAUCCAAAAUAAAAACAACAAUGAUGUAAAAAUAAACGCAAGAAGGUAAGGCGUUUCGUUUUAUCGAUGUGAAUCAUCCUCUGCUAGCGUGGUGUUUUGAAAUAUCAUUCAACUUUUAUAUCAGGGGACUUAUGAGUUAUUUCUUCUAUACAAUACUGAUAGUUU